AUGGAAAAAAGUUAGAGAACAGAAUUAAUCAUCCAGGGGUUAUUGAACAAGCCAAGUAAGAAGCCAGAUUUCAAGAAUUUCAGGGAGAGUGAUAUUCUUAAAAGAGCUCAGCAGUUUAUCCCUAUGUUCAUCUAGACGACUGAUAGAUUAUUGAGUGAUCCUGAGUUAUUGAAGUAAAAGCAGAUGGACAUUUAGCUUGAGGAGAAUGGUGAUCUCUAAAUGGAGAUGAGAAGGCUAAAUGGAGAAUACGACUAAGAUGCUUAGCAAGAUCCCAAUACUAUCAAUAUGGAUAUUGGAGUAGGAGUUUAUGAUGUGAAUAAUGAGAAUUUCGAUGAAAAAAACUUCAAGCCAUCAUCAACAAGGCCAAUAGUGAGAUUCAAUGGUCUGAUUGAAAAUGAAGAAGAUGGAGAUGAUAGUAGUAGUGAUGAUGGUUCAGAUGAUUCUAAUCUCUACUAUGAGUUUAACUCAGAUUCAGAGAAUACUGAUGCUGCUUCUUUAACUACCAUAGCAACCAAUAAAUAGCAAAGUCAACCAAUGCAAAGACCUCCACUUAUUCAGGACAUCACUCCUGCUAAUAUGUAAUAGGAAUGUAUUUAAUAAAAGGGCAAAAAAAAUAGCAAAAAAAGACUAAGAAGAUGA